AUGGCGAGUUCUAGCGACGAUGAGGAAGCGAAUAGUUGGGAGAGAUUUCAAGAUCUGUGCCGUGAUCUUAACAUGGAUGAAGACACAAGCCAAGAAGCUUGGUCUUCGUACCAAAAGAUAAGCACAAACUAUACUUUAGAGGUGAGCUCGCUUUGUUUGAGUGUUUGCGUUCGUUACAUGAUUGCUUCGAAUAUCGUAAACCCGGGAACGGUUUACGAAGUUACGGCUUUGAGCCCGAUUUUAUUGCAAUCAGACGCCUCUGACAAAUAGAUAUUUUAUAUUUCAACAUUUUCUGUUUCAGGGGGAAAGUCUUCACUGGUUGGCAUGUGCUUUGUACGUCGCUUGCCGCAAAAGCGUUGUUCCGACCGUUGAUAGUUCGGGUACGGUCGAAGGCAACUGUGUUUCACUAACGCGAUUGCUCAGAGCAGCAAAACUAAGGUGAGAUUUUGUCGAUCUGUUUAGGAACACGAACCAUCUCGGUUUCGAUUCGUAUGCAAUAGAGCUUCCUUUGUAAUGUUUUCUGUUUUGCUUUCUCUGUAGUCUCAUUCAAUUCUUCAGCAAAAUGAAGAAGUGGUUGGACAUGUCGAACGCGUCGGGGGACUUUCGAAAGAAAAUUGAAUUACUGGAAAGGAACUUCCACGUUUCCACUGUCAUAUUUAAGAAGUACGAACCUAUUUUCCUGGAAAUCUUUAAAGAUCCACGGGAGGAAAACACAAAGACUCAGAGAGGCCGAAAAUCAAGGUAAAUACACAAAUUUGUUGCGCGGCCUUUGUAAACAAUAACGUGACGAGUUUGGCUUAUUGAAUGUAAACCUGUUACGGUUGACCUGAAAAUCUACAACGUUGUUCGUUUCAUGUUGUUUUUGCUUCUCUCAGACUUUCUAUCGAAAAAUAACCUGUCCUUUCUCAGGUCCUCAGCUGUAAACAUGUGAUAUUUAAAUGAGAAACUCGUGGCAUAUUAUCUCUUCAUUUCAAAUUCUUUUAUCCCUCGCAGAAAACAGCCGUGUUCUGUUGGUGAUGUUUUCGCCUUCUGCUGGACUUUAUACAUUCAAGCUAAAGGUAAGCGAGCUGCCAAUUUUCAUUUUUCCUACGGCUUGAGAUAGUCAGCUGUUUAUUUUAGAAAAAGCAGGAGUGUAAACCGUCUUGACUCGCUGUCACUAAACUCGGACAGACUCAAAGACGUUCGAAUAUUACAUGCUUUUGUUCGUGUCGCGUUGGCGCGAAAUGGUCUCAGAAGUCAUAUGGGACACUUCUGCUUCACGUCUCGUCCAGCAAGCCAAGCAGCUUAAAAUUUUUAUUAGUAGAACGGCAAUUUUAAAUUCACUAGAGUCAUGUAAACUUCCAUAAUAAUGAACUGGGCUUUUUUUCUACUAGGUCUGUAGACCUGCUGAUAGUAGGCCGGGUGAUGAUGUUUUUUUUGUAUAUAUUCAAGAGCCAGAAAAGAGAUUUUCCUUUAUUGCGAUUCCAUUUUUAAAGCACCUUAAAUGCAUUAUCUAGGGUAGCUCGCUUUAAAAACUUCCUUAGCUUUUGGGGGUGGUGUCAUUUAUAUCUUGUGAAAUUUGAACUUAAAGUGAAAUCAAUAUUCUUGACUGCUGCGGUUUUGUCAUGUGUUUCGAGUUUUUUAAAAAAUCUAUUUCUGUGUCACAUGCGACAUAAACAACUCGUAAGGGAUUUACGCAUGAUAGUACAGUAUGAAAGGAUAGCAUACUGCAGGGGCAAAAACUGCAGAAUUCUGGAUUACUUUGUUGUUUUUAGCCUAAGGUAAACACUUCCCUGGCUGAAAUCUCAAUAUUUUGAUUGUCAGUAGAUCAGGAUUAAUAUAGCACUUCAUUAUGGGAACUGAUGAAAUAAAAUAAAAAAAUGUUUCCAGUGAAACCUCUUUUAUGCACACCGGAAAAAUGUUUUUGCUUUAGGCAAUUUUCAUUCUUUUUUUCUGCUAGAAGCAAAUUUAUCAGUAAAUAAAUCUUUCCAGAUAAUUUGCAGUAGAGUGCAGGGAAUUUUACAAGAGUAUUCUUUCUUUGGUUGAUUGCACACAAUUAUUCAGUGAUUACACACAGGCUUUGAUUGGACUGUUGCCCUCACCCCACAAGUCCACAGCUAAUCCUAAGUGGCUGGCUCUUAGGAUUGGUGAUUUGGAAGAAAAUAUUUGGUUGUUUUUUGUUCAAACUUACUCAUGCAGGGACUGAGGGUAGAUGUUAAGUGACCUGUGGUAUUUUAAAUUAAGUUUUUUCGGCAGUGUACUGACAUGGGUGGGAAACAUGUCUAGGCCUGUUUAAGGGGUCAGUUAUUUUAACAAUAGAGACAUUUUGACAUAGCUUUACACAGUUUGUCAAUUGUUCAACCUGUCAUUACGUAGGUAAUCCAACUUCAUCUCCCUUUUGAUAUGUUGCAGUACUUGUUUCAGGGAAUAUUUUGCAAAGGGGUCAAAAUAAUAUUCAGCUUAGUUCUUGGGCAUGUUCAGGCUUGAACUAGAUCUACUCGAUCUGAAUUGUGACUUCUCAUUUCUGUAUGCAUAGAAUGUGUGUUCUGGCUGGAUUAACUCUAACAGUAGAGUCAUAAUUUAACUUGAACAUAAUACUCUGCUAUAGAGAAUUAAUUUUGGCCCUUUACAAGUCUUUGCAUUUCUCGGAAUGUCAUCAACAUCAUUUGUGAUGAAAGACAAUGAUCAAGAUAUUGUCAAUUUGCUACAAAUGAAAUUCUGUAAAUUUUUUGUUUACAAUUAAACUUCUCUUGUGAAAUUGAUUUUCCUUUUACAUAUUUCACACAAAGGAUUUGACUAUUUAUAUUUACAGCAGACAGCUCUGUAGGUGAUAAAUAUUCAGAGCGACAUUUAACAGUUCUGUAAUUUAUUAAUGGCACCUCUAGAUGUUUUGCUUCAAAAUUGUUGUGAUGGUUAUUGCAAAACAACCACACAUUUUAAUUAGACUUGGGUUGCAAGAUGAUAGUUAGAAAUGUCUCUUUUUAGUAGCAAAUGGCAGAUUUGUUUCUCUUUCUAUCAAAAGGAAAUGCACAGUUUGAUACUUCCUUUGUUUUUACAGAAAGUAAAUUUGUUGCUCUUUCAAGGUAUUUGUUUUGUUAAUCUCUGACAGAAAUUGUCCUAAUGUGCAAGCUGCAAGUUUUGCAGUCUAUUCAUUGGAGCUAUCUUUACAAUAUUUAGCAAAUGUCAAGUGCAGAGAUAACAUUGUUUCAAAAAUACCUCAACAACAAUUAUUGUGGAUUGUGACACUGGCAUUUAAAAUUGGAGAAUUUGGAAGGGAGACCAAGAUGAGGGGACAAUGCGGUCUACCCAACACCGCAAUUUAUUUACUGUAAGAAAAGUUGGCAAAUACUAUAAAAUACCGUGGUGAAAAUCAAUAAAAAAAUUAUACUACCUUUAUGAUUGGGCACUCUUCCUUAAAUGGAGUUUGGUCGUUUCGAUCCAUCAACAUUGUCGAUUUGAUCCAUGUAGAAAGUCUAUUUUAUCCAUCCUAAGUUGUUUGAAAACAAACAAGAAACGAAUAAUUGUGAUGUCUUCUACCAUUUUAUCAGUGCGAUAAAUUCAACCAGCCAUAUAGUUUGUACCCCGAAUAAGACAGCAUUGCUGAAACGUCGCUAUAUUAAAGAUAAUGCUAUAAUUUUCAUCCACUGCGCAGGGAUUUCUCAGGGCUGUCAAAAACUUUUUAAGUGGCAGGCUGUUAAUAAAUAGUAGGCAGUUUUGGAACUUGCACCAAAGGCACAAGUUCUUGAGGGCUGAGGCAUCUAGGGAUAUUUUGAAAUUUAGAGUCUCAGAAAUGGUGUUUCCAGGGGUUUUCAAGAGGUAUUUUCCACCGUGAACACCAUGUUGUUUUGUCAGAAUACAAGCAAGACUGGGAACAAUGCCAUCAAAAUGUCCCAGGUGUUCCACGACAUUGCACGGCGCGAACGUUUCGCACAUCUAAACCUGUUUGAAAUAUACGUUCAAUGUCAUUCAAAACUGGGAAACGGAUGCUUUGCAAUUUUAUUCAAAGGUGCUUAUUUUUUGUCAGCAGUUAUGGUAGAGGGGGAUGAAAGUAGCCAGCUAGGGAUAGCUUACAAGCCGGCUGUUUUGGCCGGCUACCUGCUUGUGAAAAACCGACUACCUGCCCAUAGACUGUUCAGUUGGGUUGGAAGGAUGCAUUAUAAUCUCUACAAAUAGAAAGUUUGAAAAUGUACUCCUCUUCAGGAAUUUAUGCCAAUUUGUGUUUAAAUCAGUGGAAAAUAUCACAGCCUUAUAAUGUAGUAAAGCCUCUAACCAUGCUAUAGAAUGAUUAAAAAUGCAUCUCCUGGAGUGCUGAAUUUCAAAAGUUUCCUGAGUAGGGGUAUCUGUGGGUAUGCUACCCAGGAAAAUCUCACUUCUUCCUUGCUUCACCUCAACUACCCACCUAAACUAAAGGUUAUUGCAACCCCUGCAGGGAAAUGCUUUCUUUAAAUACUCUGUGAAGCCUUUUUUACACAAACCACAGGGUACAGCAGUCCAAUUUGAUAUCAUCUAGAGGAUCUCAUCUAGUUCACUUAACUUCUGACCAUUUCCCUCCAGUGGCGGAUCGAGGGGAGGCGCCCGCCCGCCCACCCCCUCAUUUUUAGACCAAACUGAGGCCCAAAGGGCCAAAAAAACUUUUUUGGAGACCGCACACCCCCACCCCCACCCCCCCCUGUCAUCUCAAGGUCUGGAUCCGGCACUGCCUUCUGUCAAUUUUUCUCAGUGUGCUGUGCAUGAUUACUGCUAUCUGGGUUGGAUGCCCUGAGCACUUUGAGUUGUGCGCAGCAGCAGUUGUGCUUGUGUUGAAGUUGUACACCUAACAUUCACUAUUUUCACUCAACAGGCAAUUUUCCUGCGAUCAGUGAUGAUUUGGUGAAUUCUUAUCAUUUGCUCUUGUGCUGCCUUGACUUGCUGUACUCAAACGCUUUAUAUACGAAGAAUCGCCAGAAUUUGCUGAAUCCAAACUUUGAAGGUAAUUUCUAUAUAUUUUUUGAGAAUAAGAACUGCUUUCCUUGGCCUCAAGCUGGUACGAAAUGCAAAUGAGUGAUUUCAGAUUAAAAUAAUGAAUAUAUGACUUUCAUUUAUUUGAAUUGCGGGAUGAAGAAAAAAAUAUUAUUUGUCAGAGUGCUGCGCCGGUAUCACAGAGGUCAGGGUUGGAAUCCCAGCAAGCCUGAAUGUUUUUUCCGGCUUUCUUUUCACAACUGGAAAAGUUGCAUAUUUAGUUUUCCUGAUAACCAGGGUAAAAGAGACAGAUAAUAACGAAAAUGGGGAAGUAAAUAAUUCAUGCAAGUUGUUCUCUCUCUUUAUCUUUAGAAAGACCAGAAACAACAAAAAAACACCGUUAAACACUAUGUAAGGCUGCUGCCUAACAGGCGCCUGGUCCGCUGAUAAAAGUAGACAAACAAACACUUUUCUGAAAAUUUGAAACUCAAACAAAUCGAGUUUCAAUUAUCUGCUUUCUUAUUUAAGUUUAUCAAUCAACGGGCUCCUGGAAAUGUGGCUCGGGCUCCUAACUUUCUAUUUUAGGAGCCCAAAGGGCUCCCAAAAAAUUUUCUUGUGAAGCAGCCUUGCUAUGACUUGGCACAUGACUACCCGACAUACGUUGCCAAUAUGGCAGCUUUCGCUGCAAUAUAAGUCGCCAAAAUUUUUUGUCAUCUUGCCAUGCUUAGCAAACAGCUUCAAGCACUGACCCCUUCCCCCUGGGUAUCAAGACUAUACACUUGGGCUUGGAUUAAAGUCACAAGGCCGAUGCCCCACUCCUCCCCAUCCGAGUAAUGGUGCUUAUUCAAAAAGCUUCACUCCUGCAAGUACAUUCCCUAAUACAAGUGGCAUCGUAGCAUUAAACCUCUGAUUUGCUGUUUUGUGUUGUUAUAUAAAAGGAAUUUAGAAAUGCAAGUUGAUUUACUUUUUGCUUUUAUUUCCCUAGGUUUACCGCAGGAAUUUGGAAACAGAGAUUUCAAGCCUCCAGCUGAAGUACCUUGUGUUGUUGAAUGGCUUUGCAAGAAGCAUCAAGGUGUCAUUUUCAGUCAUUACUUUUCACAAACUACCACUUAUAAGCCACCGCAGUUAUAGGUCCAUCUACCUGUAAACCAAAACAUUUGCCUGAUUAAUAUUAUACUGCCCCUCCCACCCUCACCCUCUACCAUUUACAAGCCCCCUUGGAUACAAGCAUCUCCCAAUUUUUAAGCCCUUGUAACACUCCUUAUGAAGAUGUAUAAGCCACAGUUUACCGUAUUUGAUUUAAUAGACCAGCCAUGUUAGAUGAUUUUGGCACUGUAUAAUAAAAUUAUGCAACUUGUAUAUUUUUUUUGUCUGUCCCAAAGUUAAUUACACAAGUGUUUCAUUCUGUUCAUUAACAGGAAUUGUUCUAGAAGCUAAAGGAAUCAAGGAACAUCACUGGAAACCAUUUAUAAAGCAGCUCUUUGAGAAGAAGGUGAGACUUGUCUUGCUAAAUUAUUGCUAAAAGAUCUUUUCUUCCAGGUUUUAUUUUACCAACCUCCGUAAGAUACCAAAAUGGUUACACCCUGGUUUCAUUUAAGCAAGGAAGUUCAACUUUAAAAAAGUCCUAAAAGGCCCUACUCAUACUGCUUCUCCCCUCACAGAAAAAAGGAAACUUGACACACAAUUUCUAAGAUGAACCCUGAGUCAUAUGUAUCUUCAUUUGUGUUCUUUUGUCUUUGUUUCCAUUAGACACUCAAGGGAAAUGAAGAGAACUUGACAGGCAUUCUUGAUCAGGGCAAUUUUGAACAGAACUGGUAAGAAUUUUUGUUUUUCUAAAAUACAUCGCUUUCAAAGAGGAAAGAGGCUAAUGGGAAUCUGUCGUUUGUUUUGAAAACAUAAAUGACCACAAAUGUCCAGUUCAUAUGAAACAUGAUUGAUAUAAUAAUAUUGUUUCGUCAUUAGCAAGUCAGUCAACAAAGAAUAUGAAGAAUACGUGUUGUCUGUUGGAGAUUUUGAUGAGAGAAUCUUUCUAGAUGACGAGGCCCAUUUAGAAAUUGGCACACCAGCCAAGAAUGACAGUUUCACAGAAGUGGAUGGCCAACAGAGGUUUGUACAAGGAGGCAGUCUUUGUUCUUAAAAGCUUUUGCUCCCAGCUAAAUCAUUGUGUAAAAAAUUGAUUUGAUUCCUUCAUAUGGAGAUGGAAAGUAAUGGGAUAUCUGUUUUGAAAACCUUGUUGACUGGCGAUGCAUCAACAGUUAAUAAUACAGGCAAUGUUAAUUUUUAUGCCUGUAUCUAUAGCUAUUUGAGUAUUUUAACUUGUGUGUAAGUGCAUUUCAUUUCAUUUUAGGAUGGGACUAAGAAGGAAUUUGCAGGAACAUUUUACAAGGGUAAGGUGUUUUAAAAUCUAUUUACUUUGUUUUUAUUUAAAAUAGCAACCAAGCAAUUAUUGAUUUUUGUUUGAAAGAAGAAGGCAAGAUUCUUCUUUCUAUACUAAGUGUUCUUUUUUAUUUUUUGUAUCAGACUAGAAGCCUUGCACCUUCAACACCACUGACUGGACGAAGAUAUUUGAAAGAAAAAGAUCCAAAGUAAGUUUUCCCAAAUUUUGAAACCAAACUCGGAUAAGGCAUAGCCUAGAAUCUACUGUCGCAACUUGCAAGACUGUGUUAGCAUUAAAUUAUUCUUAAAUUAUGCCUAUCCAAUACAUUAUAUAUUUCUUGUUAUUUGUUUGAAUAUUAAGACAUUUUGGUUUUUAUUUUUAGGAUUACUCCAGUGUCCACUGCAACUCAGUCAGUUAGCAGACUGCAAGCUCUUCUGGCAGGUUUGAAAGCUGGGCCAAGUGAUCGCCUUCUAAAGAUCUUCUCGUAAGUUUCAACUCGGUAUUUGUAACUUUUUACAAACUACAUCUGUAAAUUUGUAGAUUGCUUGUUGACAGUUCUCAAUUUGUGUUGUUGUAGUGGAUGCAGCAGGAAUCCCCAGGAAGCAAUUGAGAGUCGAGUUACGACUCUCGGAGAGACAUUUCUUAGGGAGUAUGUACAGGUCAGUAAUGAAUCCAAAGUCAAGGGUUUGCUUCCAUCCUUUUUUCACGGUCAUUUUGCAUCUGGACAGUUCGUUCUUUCUCUUGAAGAAAUUCAUUAGCCUAUGAAAGGGCAAAUAAAUUGGGGCAUUUCUUGAAACAUAGCCCCAAGAAAUCGUUUUACUAUAAUUAUUUUUUUAAUGAGUUAUUUAAAUGCAGUAAGAGAAACUUUUUUCCAGAGUAGUGUUAAGUAUGUUUGUUUUCUUUCUAGCCAUCCCCGGACAGACCAAAAUCUCCCUGUUCAACCAAAGAGUUUGCCACCAAGAGGCUUAAACUUGCAGAGAUUCUUUACUACAAGGUAAUGUCUUAAAGAAGUUUACCCCUUUGUUUGUCAACUUAAAGUCUUUAACCAAGCACUUUUAUUUUUAGGUUCUUGAAAGUAUCACAAUAUUGGAGCAGAGAAGACUACAGGGACAUCUAGAUAUGACUGUAAGUUUUGUAAUCAGUGUGAUCUCUGAUACUGUUUACAGUCCAUGCGUUCUUAAUGGACACCUCUUUAGGAUGGAAAGCUGGCUAAAAUGGACAUCUAAAGUUGGUCCCUGUCUUUCCUUACUCCUUUAUAUUAGUCGACUUUCUAUACUAUAGGACAUUUCUCUAAGAAGGACACAUAUUCCAAGUCUCAAAGGUGUCUGUCUUAGAGAGCGUUAACAUUUACACUCCUGAGUGCUAUUACGAAGGUAUUCAAUGCAGUUCUAACUCGAGUCAUUGAUAAAGUACUUUAGUGCAAAGCUGUGCUCUAGCAGAGCCCAGUGGCCUGUGGUGGGGCCUAACUUUUGUUCUCGCGCGACUAGAAAACUUUUUCUUUUUCAUGGAAAUCAUAUGCUGGGCACACUGGGUUUCACAAAUUCAGAGCACUGGGCUCGCUUCAAUUUUUUGAGAGCACAGCCUUGUAGUGUGACCAUUCAGAUGAAAAGUCUGGAAGCACUUUUUGUCAAACCAUUGCAGUGAAGAACCAUCUUUGAUAAUCUGAUUUAAGUCUUAAGUAAAUACUUUGCAAGAACAUGUUUUGGUGACAAGCCAUUUUCUUUUUUUUGCAGAGUUUGCUGGAGCAGGAUUCCUUUCAUUGUUCCCUGAUGGCUUGUUGUUUGGAAAUAAUCAUCUUCUCUUACAACUCACAAAGGUAGCCCUUAACUACUCAAUUUUUCAGUGAAGUAGAAUAAAAAAAUUAAAAUUAGUUAAAUGAAAAUUUAACAAAGUUAACUGCAUCGAGCUUAGCAGUCUUGGCCAGUCAGCAGUCAAACUCACAAGUGCAGGCUCCCAUGGAAACGUCGUUGGUUGUCACAGCCAGGAUCGUUGAGUUCUCUUUAGAGGCUUUCGUGGUGGCUGUGUUGGCGUGGAGCAGUUGAUAGCAGUUAUUUUGGCAAUCUCCCACUACCCCACCCAACCCUCUACGUUCCUCUCCCAUUGAGUCAUCAGUGUUGCGGGUCCCUGGAAUAGGGACUCACGGCUGGGUGGCGGGGAUUUGCCGGCCAUGGGGGCUGAUUUUAUCUACAGGGUGGCUGGCCAGAGUGGAGGCCAUUGGAUACACCAGACCCACCUUCCAUUUAGUGAGGCAGCUGGUUAACUUGAAUGUUAAUUUACCUAAAUGACAUUGUUUUAUUUUAUCAGGACUUUUCCUUGGAUGAUUGAAAUCUUCAAUAUCAGUCCUUACCACUUUGUCAAGGUCAUUGAAGUGUUCAUCAAAGCAGAGGAUGGACUUUCAAGAGAUGUUGUGAAACAUCUGAAUUAUGUAUGUAUAAUCUUGCAGUAUUCUGCCAAGAACAUUAUGUGGUCCCGAUAUGACUGUGGAAAAAAGUUGAAAAUGUGUGAUCCUAGAAAAUAACCACUCCCAGCCCACAGGGGUGUCAAAAACCAAAAUUUGAAAAGGAAAUUAUGAACCUAAUGUGGAAUUUCGAUGGAGGGAGGAGGAUUCACUUAUAUUAAACCCCAGGGGGAGUAUGCAAAUUUUCUAGAACAACAUUAUGUCAUUUUACCCACUCUCUCAACUUUGUUUAACUUGCACAAGGGCGGUAUUUAUACUUGUCUUUUGUGUGAUGAUAAUGUUAAUUUUGUUUACUAGGACUUUGAGUAUUAUCCAGUUUGUAUCACUUGCAGCAAUCAGUGCUUUCCACAGGCAGCGUUCUGUCUGUGCACACUGAUAUAAGAUAGAAAAUGUCUAACACCAGUUCAGCUCCAAACCACUAACAACAUACAUUUCACUGUUUUCAUAAGAUUGAGGAACAGAUUCUCGAGUGCCUGGCGUGGAGCCAUGACUCUCCUAUAUGGGCAUCAAUUCAACAAGCUGGCUCUGUACCAUCAUGUGAAGAUGUGUCUAUUCCAAACCAACUGGAAACAGGGCACAGUACACAGAAUCUCCUUGCAUCCCCAAUUAUCCACCCUCGUGUACAGAGAAUAUGUGGUGAGGAGGGAGCAGCAAGGCGAGGUGAGAAGAGAGCUUUAUUUUCAAUUUUUCACUCUAAUUCAAUGAUUCAAAGAAACCUUGUGUUUAUAAAAAAGGAAAGCAAUCAUUUAAAUCUCUAUUUUCUGUGGAUGAUGAGCCCCCUACCAUGACUAUGUGCCCAGCAGUGUUUAGCAGUCAGUUGUCGCAUUCUAUGACAACUCUCCUUUUUGCAAGGCCUGUUUUCAUUGCAAGUGUUUUGCAAAUUCCCAAACUCAAAACUAGAAAAUAAUGUGUGUCUGUAACUAAAACAUCUAAUGUUACAACUUCUACUUCCAAACCUGGCAAAAACAGUUUGUGAAAAACAGCUGAGCAAUAUUGUGGAGGAGAAAUUAAUUUAGCAAGACCAUUUAUCAAAUUGGUUUCCCUGAUUUAGGACCACCACAUGUAGACAAUACCAUAUAAAUCACAUGAAGCCAGUCAUGUUUUGGAGUCCUUUUACUUUCCCCUGACUUUUUUAUUAAAUAAAUACAGUGACACUUACAUAAAGAGAUUUAUUGAUUGAUUUAUCUAUUUUUAGUCCUGCCAUUAUCCAGCUCUCCAACAGCCCAUGAGCUGUUUAGCUCCCCUGUCACCCCAAGCAGUGGCGCCAGACGGAAUCUUUUGGUCAACUUUGGCAGCUCUCCACCCUCUCAGAAUCCUCAACCUGUCACUCUGUCCGCUACCACAAGACAAGCUGCUGCCAAGAAUGCUCCUGCUUGUAAGUAAACAAUCGUGCAAAUGCUAUCACCUGGUUUUUUGUUGUUGCAAAUAGAACUGUUGUGUUGGCAGUGGCUGGCAUUUUGACAACCUCAUACAUGUGUGGAGACAUCUUCACAGGAAAUUGUGUGAUGUUACUGUUCGUGUGUUUGCCAAUUUUAGGAUAUAUAAUUUCCUUCUCUGUAGAGCAUAAUUGUUUUAAUUUUGAGUGUGAUAAUAACCUGUAUAUGAUCAUCUUAAGACCCCCAAAUGGGCUUAAGUUGUCUUAGCCUGCAUUGCAGACAUGAUCUAACUCAGGAUAGUAACGCUUGCAACGUAGUGCUGAUAUUCUUGUUGUCUUGGCCCCCAAAGGACUCGACAAAUUAUGGGAAAUGUGUUUUGAAUUUCUUUGCAGCAUGAUUAGCACAUUGACAACUCUUUUUAUAUCAGGCCAAUUAUUUCACAUACUCAAAUCCUGGUACUUAGGUGGGGAACCAGAGCAGGGAUUUCAGCGCUGUUUCGCAGACAGACUUAACCGGAAGAUUAGUUCCGUCUGCUAAAGGCUAAAGCUGUUCGGGAAUGAAGUCAGUGACUAAAAGUGGCUAAAUUUGACAAAGGGUUUUAAAGCAAGCUUAUCAUCAUUUUUCAGUGAUUAUCACUCCAGCACCUGCAAGUGGUGGUUUCAUUGUAAAUGGAAUUACACAAACUGUUGUCCUGCCAAACACAUCAACCACAGUACAAGUGACAUCCCCAAGGGCAGGUAGUGUUUUGACUCCAAGCACAUCCAUGGUGUCACCAACGUCAAGUCCUGUAAGACCAUCAUCAGCACCAACGACUCCCAAGAUGAAAGGCACAACACCGACCAAACCAAGAAAAACUGGCUCUUUGGCAAUUUUUUUCAGAAAGGUAUGUGUACGGCUGUUGCCCUCUUCCUUUCAAAUUUGAUGGUUCAGGGUUGUCAUUAAGAGCCGGGGGCCGGGGAUUUUCCCCGACUACUAAGAGAGUAGCCCCUGGCUACUUUUAUCGGAAAACAGAAGAAUAAUAGAACCAAAAGAAAUCCCUAGCCAUUUGAUUCCCCGCCUACUUGUUGUAUUUACCCGGCAACUUGAAAUCUUAGUGACAACCCUGAUGGUUGUAAGUUUAACUGCAUACAAAUAAUGAAGAAAGGUUACGGAGUGCAAAAGGUUAUGGAGUGCAAGUGACAACGAUGCUUUCACUCCAGUGCUGUGCUUUACGUCAGUUUAAGGUGAUAUAUGGUCAAAACAUGCGUGGUCAGAUUAAGAGUGAUAAAAAGUCCAAAUGGGCAUGAACAGAUUGCGUUCCGUGCAUUUCAUUAAUUGUUCUUAAUUCUCAUCAAAGCUAGCUACUUACGUGAUUUGCAGGCUCCUCUUGUUGCCUGCAACAAUUAGAAACUCAUGUAUUUUUGUAGACUUUCUGACAGGCUAACCUUGGGAGACUUAAGUAGGCCUUAAAGAAAAUUUUGUCAUCGAUUUUAAUGGAAGCUUAAAGUGUAGCACGUUUCCAAAUAAAACUUUUGUUUUUAUCAUUUACAGCUCUACCAUCUGGCCAGUGUUCGCCUCAGAGAUCUAUGCACUAAACUGGAUGUUAAUGAAGAUCUUCGCCAAAAGUAAGUCCUUUCAUCAAAAUUCAUUGAACUAUUGAACUUGCUACAUUUAAAAAACGAGAUCUGUGUGGAAUCUGCAUUACAAGGCCUUCCGACCUUCAACUGGAAUAUUUGCAACACUAAGGGGGCCAUAGAAAGUAUCCGUAUUAAUGGAGUGUCCAUAUUGAGUGGGUUGAAUUUAGAGCAAAUGUAAGGGCUUUCUUUCCUCUGGAUCAAAGCAAAUUGUCUGUAACACGUGCAGGGUACAAAGAAAGUCCUUUUUACAGCUUUCCAUUCGGACAAGCUGAAGCUAACAUUUACUAGCCCAAACAUCUUUUCAACUAGCCCCAAAAACGUCUUUUUAUGAGCAGAUUGAUUUACAGUUCUUCUGUAAUGUGAAGUCCUCAAAAAAAUUCACUUGCCCGUCGGACAAGUUAAUAACAGAAUUCUCUAGCCUGAUAGCAAAAUCCACCAGUCCCGGGCUAUCGGACACUACUUUCUUUGCACGCUGCACGUUGGUGAUUGUAAAGCCGUGUUUGACACUAUAUUUCUUUACACAUCCUGUUUACUGUCAAACUAAGAAAAGCUAAAACCAGGGCUGUCACUAAGAUUUCAAGUUCAAUUCCCUACCAUGCAUAAUUAUAUCCAGCAACAGUUAGAGAUGGGAAGAUCUUUUGGUUUCAUGUUCCUUUUGUCUCUUAUGAAAGUAUCUCGGGGUCAUGCUCGUAACAGCCAAGGGAAAUCCCCAGUCCUGACCCACUAAUGUUGAUGAACACCUGAAGUAUUUUGAUAACAAUAAAGGUUAUCAUGCACUGCAAGCACAUUAGAAAACCAGAAACUACUUACCCUUGUUGCUUGUGACUUAGUUUCCUGAUUGGUUUCUUCCUCACAAUGUAAUAAUGUUCUCGCAAAAAUUCUGGUGUUCACAUUUUUCUGAGUUCAUGUGUUGCCUGAAAUGUUUUCCUCUAAGAUGUACAUUUUGAUGUUUUAUGAUCACAAAAUGCUCACUAAUCACUUUCUUGCUAAAAUUAUCUGAUUUGCAGAAUGUGGACUUGCUUUGAACAUACACUGAUGAACAUGACAGAGUUAAUGAAGGACAGACACAUUGAUCAGAUAUUGAUGUGUUCUAUAUAUGUUAUGGGAAAGGUAGAUAAUUGAGCUUUGAUUUAUUUUUUGUUUAUUUGUUUGCUUUUGUUAUUUUCUAUUGUUUUGUUUUUCUUUUGGCAAUAAGUCACUCAAUUUUAGCUCUAAAUCCUGAAUGUACUGUACCAUAUUCUGGGCCUAGAAAACAUGAAAUAAUACCUCGUACAAAACAUUCCAUGUUGUUAAAACUUUGACCAGUUCAACACAGCAUUUCUGUGUUGUGGGAAAACUAGAAAACGUGGAUAAACUAAUGCUGUAUUUUGUGAAUGCGUUUGCUACAUGAUGGAAAUGGUUUAACUUGCUGAACUUUUUGUAGUUAGUUUAGUUUUGCAUGGCAGUAUUAUGAUAAAUUAAUGAAAAGGUGCUAGCAUUAUUUAUAUCAUCUGUUGCUUAUUUUUUGCAGGUUACCAAUGCAGAACUGUCUUUUCAAAACAUUAUGAAGUGUUAUCGCACCCAGCCCCAAGCUGUCAGCCAUGUAAGCCCUUUGUUGACUUCCUGUAAGUUCACCUCUGCUUGGUUAUUUACAAAACCUCUUUUCAAACUUUCUCUUAAAGGUUUACAGAAGUGUUCUUCUUAGAGGAAGGAGGCGGCCUCCACUUGGAAGCAGUGGUAGUGAUGGUGGAGCGAGAGGUGAGAUAAUAUUUUCAACUUAGUGUUUCUGCCUUAGUUUAUGAGUAUCCUGGAUCAAUCACCCAGAUCAGAAUAACUGAGGAAGAUUUUGCUGCCAUUUAUAUGAUAUUAGGGAGUUAAAGUUGCAACCAUGGCAGUGGUAACAAUAACCUCACUUAUAAAGCAAAAAAGCAUUGUUACAAUCUUUAUUGCAACAGUUAUUCUAACUCAAUCAAUUUGUCAAGUGGCAGUGAAUUCCCACUGGAGUCUCUUAAGGAAUGAAUUCAAAUCCAGAAAAAGAAAGGAAAUGACCUUGUCCUGUGUUUACAUCCUCCAGAAAACCUUGUAUUGGAAGUCUUGUGUUGUAUUAAAUUUUCUGCAAUUACAGCAAAGAAAGUGUAAUACAUGUGCAGAAUUGUUGUUUUCCUUAGUCAAAGCAUUGUUGUGUUGCCUUUAUCUUUGCUGUUGUGGUAAUAAUCUUAAACUUUUUAUUAAUACAAUGAUUAAUGGUAGCUCUUUGAAAAUAGUUAGAUCUUCCCUUUGUUUGGAUUGCCAGUAGAGGUGGAAAAGUACAUCAAGAAUGUAAAAAUCCUGAGUGUUGUUACCUUUAAUGUCUUUUGUCAUGGAUGGGGUGGGAGAACAAUUUCGUGUCACACCCUCAUAAGUUGAUGUUACUGAAGUGUCUGGUAAAUAAUGGCAAAAAUGGCAAAUCUUAGUGAUGGCAAUGAAUGAUGUUUCGAUGACUCCAGGUCAUUAUUUUCAAAUUUGUCUAGUUCUUAAUACUGUGAGUUCAUUCUAUAGGGAGUUGCAUGCCAAAGUUUAGUUGCAUGUGAUUAAAAGAGAAAAAUACAAUAUGAAGUUUUAAAGAUGCUACUUGUAAACAGUGUUGCUUUGAUAGUGUCAGAUUGGGUGUUUAGUUUAGGUUUCUUUUCUAUGAUAAAGAGCAUUUCAUGAAUUAAGCAAUCCAGCUUUCCAUGGCAUUUCUUCAGGAUGGUAAAUUGGUCACGUAGAUCUUUAUCCAUUUGAUUGUGUACGUUGCUCAGGUUUUGCCAAUCGCUGAACGUUUAUGUUCAUCAGUGUGUUACAAAAGGUGUCAGCGUGUAUAGCCUUCAGUUGUUAUUAGAAUGGCAAAUCUGGCAAAAAAAAAAUCACCAGAGGGUUGUGGCAAGCGCCCCAUACAAGUAGUCGUGUUAUUUCAUGAUGUGGCAGCUGGAUUUUUUAUCCUGCAUUUUCUUGCAGGUAUUAAAAGUGAACCAGGUAGUAGUGGACCAGCAAGCCCAGUUCAAGGUGCUAGUAGUGCAAGAGCAAGCCCUGUAAGGAGUGGAAGUACUGUCCCAUCAACACCUCCUCCAGCAAGUGCUCAUACGUCUGGAUCAAGCAGCACUGAAAACAGUCCAAACAUUGAUGGGGAGAGAGGAGAUCUUAUAGAGUUCUACAACAAGGUAAGUAAAGAAUCAAAAGCAAGGAUAUUAACUUGUAAUAACCUAAGGUAAGGGAGUGUGGGCAAGCUUCAGGCUUCUGAUUGAAGUGCAAAACACUCUUGCUCCAAAGCUGGUUCGUACAGUCUUGAAUUCUUGAAAAAGUCUUAAAAUUUGCCCAGCAAUUUUCCAGGUCUGAAAGGAGUCUGGAAAAUGGAGAUAAAGUCUGGAAAAAUGGUAAAAAGUCUUGAGGAUUUUUUUAAAGGCUACAACAAGUACUUUGAAGGGGUAUUUUUUCGUCUCUAUUGGUCACCUAUUUGAAAACCUUGAGUCUGGAAAAAGGAAUUAUUGGUUUGGAAAAAAGUCAGAAAUUUUGGAUCCAAAAAUCUGUAAUCUGUGAUCAGAUUAAGAUUGAAGGUACUAAUAUGCGUGAUCAGAUAGCAUUCUGUGCAUUUCAUUCCUGCCAAGCAUGCAUAAUAUUGCAACUUGGAGAUGAGGAUUGCAAGCUCCUUUGUCGCCCACAAUAAAAUAUUACUUUUGUAUUUCAAAAAAAGGACACAUGUUAUUUCUCUUAGCUGAUGCAUUUAUUUAUCUUUUUUAUCCAGGUGUUUAUCAAAAGAGUGAAGAACUUUGCUCUCAAGUUUUCAGCUGGGGAUAGAGCGGUGAGUUUUUGCUGUGGUUGUUUGCUAGGAUGUUUUUCAAUUGUGCUACAUCUUGACGUGAUAAGGAAUGAAACCCUCAUUCGUAACAAUAUUUCAGUUUUGACAUGGUAAACAGGCCUGGAAGGUCUAUUGUGUCUUAGGCAACUACCGGUAACUUGUUACCAUAUCUUGUAACCUGUGCUGCUGAAACUUGUUUUUCUACUUGUUCUUCUUCUUCAACCACUAAAGGACUGUCUAAUGGCUGGGCUAGUUCAGUUGGUUAAUUGCUUCACAGGAGAGUGGGAAUUCAAAUCCCAGGGCCAGACCAAUACUCUGUUUUUAAAUGACUUUGUUAAAUGAAGGUACCACAUUUACCUUGCAAACAGCUAGACCUUCAUGUGACUCCGAUGACCAUGUUAAAUGGCAAAAAUACUGUCUUCACUAAUAGUAUUUUUAUGCUAAAUACAUUGACAUUCAAAACUUGCUUUUUUUUUCCACCAGUUGGACUCGCCUCCACUUUCUCCUUUGCCAGUGAUGAGAAAUCAAGCUCAUUCACCUCGACGAAAAGUGUCCACGAGACACCCUGUGUACAUAUCUCCUCACAAGAAUGGUAUAGUUCCUUUACUGUUAAAUGGUCAUGGUCAUUUUAUUUUUAUUUUAGUUGUUCUUGGUUCCCAUUAGCUUUAGUCCUAAUAUCUACCAUAUUUAUUCAGCUAUAAGCUGAGCGAUUUUUGCACAAAUUAAAGCUAAAGUUAAGUGAAAUUUGGGCCCAAGAGGGGGUCUUGGCUUAUAGCCAAGAGUUUUUGAAAACAAUUCUUUUUCAGUGCAUUACAACUCUACUAAAUACGGGUGUAUUCACUUAUAAGCCAAGCAAAUAGUAGAGAAAGCUCUUAUUAAGUGUAUUAACUUAAUUAAAAAAAAUAACAAAAUAAUAUUCUCCUUUCAGGGGUUUCAAUGACUCCAACAACAAGGCUGUUGUAUUGCUUCAAAGAAAGUCCAGCCGAGGUAAAUAUUUUACCUGUUAUCAUGAUACCAUAAAAUUCCGAAAAUAAGUCCCAGGACUUAUAUUUUCAAAGGCCCUUUUUGAGGGGCUUAUUCUUAGAGGGGCUUAUCUACGGAGGGAAAUUUGCGUUUCAAAAUCGACUGGGCUAGCCUUAUAGUUGGAAGUGAAUUUACCGUUUUUGCUUGGUUUUAAUAUGUAUUUGAGGGCAAUUUUCCAAGUACAAGCCCCGGGGGGCUAAUAUUUGGAGGGGUGAUUUAACGGAGGGUUUUUGCGUUACCAGUUUGGGGGGCUUAAAUUUGGAGGGGCUUAUUUUCAGAAUUUUACGGUAUUUUACGAUAGAAACAUUGUCUGAGGUGAGUGAUGUACAAUUCAUGUGGAUGGGCUUUAGUAAUAAAGGUUUCUUGUGUUUGUAGAAACUUCGAGACAUCAAUGAGAUGCUGAAGCAAGGUGCAGGAGAUACUAGCCGUAAGCGAGCCCUGCUACAGGAUGACAAGAGUAGUCAACCACCGACGAAAAGAACCCCCUCAGAGGAACUGCUUCAGCGUAAGCUAACCAGCAUGAUGGAAGAAAGGCAGGCAUCUGCCUCAAGAUAAUACUGAGAAAUUUGACUUGACACUGACAGUAUUUCUUGUCAAAACUACAAUGUAGAUUGAACCAAAGAAAAGUAAUUAGGCUCAGUUCUAACGUUCAAGUUUUCAUGUAUUUACUGCGCUUUUCACAAACAUGCGAACUCUAAAGUUCAAAAGCGGCCUUCACAAUUGCGUUUUUUGCUGCCGUCAAUUGUAAUUACAAUCACAAGCAACGAACCUUGAAACACAGAAACUCAGAAAACGGAUCGAAAUCCACCAAUCAGAAAUCACAAUCCGUGACCUUUUGAACCCGUUAAAGUAAAGUUUUGUUUCCUAAGAGGUUUGUUAAGCUGAUUGACGGCAGCGAAAAAUGCAAUCGUCAGUUGGCUUUUGAACUUCAGAAUUUGCAUGUUUGUGAAAAGCGCAGUAAACCUCUUCCUUCAAGUAAGCACAUGAAAAGGUUUGAUUCAGUCAAGUCUGACAUGUCUAAUUUGGGUUGGCUGUUGAAUUAAGUUCAAGUGGUCCACAUGGGGAUUUCAACUAUGGAGCGACUACUUUCCAAACAUUGAACUUUUCAUGUGCUAAAUCUGAUGAAUAAAUUUGUCUUAAGCAUAGCAGAUCAUUGUACAUGGUAAAAUGAAUUGAGUUCGACAGGUGAAUCAACCAUCUAACUUGUAUCAUUUGGGUCGACCCAAAUAGCUAUUAAGUUCGUUACAUGAAAAGUUCGACAUUUAAACUGGGCCGGUUAAAAUCUAAAUCUAAAGCUGUUGAGAGUCAAGGCUAAGAAAACUAUGAAAGAAUGAACAAUUAACCAAGCUCUGAUUUCCAUGGUGAAUGGUUUCACCAUUUUUGACAAAUAACACUGAAGGUCAUGUCAACACCUAAUCUUGUUUAAUUGAUUUCUAAUUCAUUAUUACACAAUGUUGAUCCAUGCUUCUGACACUCGAUCUCCAGUCCAAAGAUUUAUUUGAAACUUGCAUAUGAAAAAUAGUAAAAUGCACUGAAAGCAUUUAAAAAAAUUAAAUAAUGAGAAUUUUUAACUUGUUAAUCCUAAAAAUUAGCGGAAUCAUCAACCAGUUUUAAACUUUAACUUUUGACUUGACAAUUUUUAAAUCCAUUUAAUUGUUUUGGUAAGAUUUAUAAAUAGUUCAUGCAUGCAUUUUGCCUUAUUAUUUGAGGCAAAUUUUCUGUAGUAUUAAUUUAAUUUAUGAGUGCUUAAAUUAACCUGUUUGGAAAAAACAGAAUUUUAUAAUUUCCCUGUCGGCUGGGAUGUAGAUAAAGAUAGAUUAAUUUUAUUGUUUGCGUGUCCAUUCAGAAUGUUCUUUGUUUGCAUCCUUAGUUCCCAUGGUAUUAUCACGGUCAUUAUUACUAGUUAGUAUUGCUUUUUAUGUUGUAAUAAUCUUAAUCGUCUGUUUGUUUGUUGUCUAUUUGUUUGUUUGUUUUGCUUUACCUUAAACGUUUACAAGAAUGUUCUUGCAGUAUCUUUCGCAAUUCUUCAUACUUUUGUCAAAUCUUGCAAAAGAAAAUCAAAGCGCAUCUAAUCGUUAACACAAAUGUGACAACCCUAGCGUAUUUGCGUAAGUAUAUCGUCCAAUUUUUGACGACUUUUUAGAUAAUCUAUAGUAGCAGGAAAACAUGACUGGACAAGGGUGGCCCUGGAAUUGUUUUGAAGUUGCAUGUUUCGAAAUCCUCAGUUUUAUUACACUCGUGCUCAAUGCCUAAUUUCAAACCGAGGAGUCAGUGUAUCAUGUGGAUAAACAACGUGAGACCCACAAAGUCAGAACGAGCACACCGACUUUUCAAAAUCACGAAGUUUGGUGUAAACCGGGCCAAUAUUGAUCAACAUACGGCUAUUUAAAAACUUGAAAAUUUACCGAGAGAUGUAUGAAUGGCUGUCUAUACAUUUGUUUUGGUAAAUUUUGGAGUGUUUGAAUGGCUGUAUCUCGUUCAAUAUUGGCCCAAUAAACAUCAUCACUUUCUGACUUUGUGGGUCUCAUAUUGUUUAUUCCAUAAUGAACGGACUCAUAACCAGGCCCCACUCGGUUUGAAAUUAGGCAGUGACAUCACUUUCCAGAAUAAUUCCUCAGAUACCUUUUCCAGUUUUCCCUGUAUGUUAAUUUAAGUAAGUAUUUAUAUAUUAGCAGAGGGUCAGCUGCUUGGCAUUUUUUCCGUUUUAGGGAACUUUCUUAUCAAUGCCUAAAAACAAAGACCUAGAGCAGUUUUCACUUCUGUUGUUUCCAAGUUUUGUGAACCCAUAGUAUAAACUGUAGCCAGUAACAACUCAAUAUAGUAUCAGCCAAUCAGAUUGCUAUUUGGAACGGCUACGAGCUCCACAAAUGAUAAUAAACGCGGGAAAACGCCAGUGUGCAUCUGAUUGGUGGAGAAAGCACCGUGAAAUUUUUAAUCCAUUCACAAAGCUUUUCCGCACUGAGCUGGAAACUGCUCUAUGUUUUAAGUUUAUUUCCAGACGCGAAGGAGUCCUUUGUGUGUGGGAAGUCAGUUGAUGACUGUAGCAACAAAUAAUACAUGUUAACAUUGAAGGCUAGGCAAGCAAAACAUAAAGCUAUUUCAUACUUUCCAAAAAAAGUUUUUAUCUUAAAGGAAUAUUACUAAGCAAUUUUUAUCGUAAUAUAAAAUAAAUUGGUCACUUCAAAGCAAAUACAACAGCAAACGUUCUGUGCGUUUUUCGUUGCAAAUUUAGUUCAGAGGAGAAGACAUAGUUUAACUUUUUUGUUAACCUAGCCUUGAAACAUGGUGUUUAAAAAUGGUACAUAGAAAUCCCUCAUCCGGGCGCCUCUGUUAGGCCUGAGCACCCGGGAAGUUGUAG